AUGCAUCUGGUCGAUGAUGAUGGUUCCUUGGAGGUCAACAGUCGCAAAAACAGCCGCAGAGCCACCAUCAGCCAGUCUUUGCGCAACAUGAAGGCUGCAGAAGUGAGCAGUACCAUUAAAGAGAAUGCCGUGGUGGUGGAUAUUGUGGAAGGCCGUGGACGUGUCACGGGACUGUUACACAUUGUCUCCGAGGAUGCAUAUGCCUUUGCAACUGUCACCAUCUUUAUGUUUGAUAUCAUGGGAAACAUGGCCACCGAACUACGAACGGGCAGCAAGUCCUUGCGAGCCAUCAUGGGUCAACUCCGUAGUAAGGGUGUGGGAGUUGAGGGAGAGAAUCAAAAAGAAACCCUGCGAGUAUUGUGCUAUGAUACUACCUCGUGGGUAUCGGAUGCAUUUCAGCCUGCUGUCAAGGCAUUCAAUGCAGAUCCCGAAAAUUCCUUUCAGAUGAUGGUGGACUUUACCACGGAACGCGGUCGUUUGGGGGUCAAUAUGAUUGCCCAACGAGCGGCUGGUUUUGAUCGUGUGGAUACCAAAGCAGCACGUGCAUAUGGAAUGACAGUGGCAAGAGUGCCCGCCUACAGUCCCUAUGCUGUGGCCGAGAUGGCCAUUGCAUUGCUCAUGGCAGUAAAUCGCAAAACGCCCAAAGCCAGCAGCCGAGUCAAAAUGGCCAACUUUUCCCUGGAUGCUGGUCUCCUUGGAGUUGAUAUUCACGGCAAGACUGUUGGUGUCAUGGGCACUGGAAAGAUUGGUCAAAUUCUUUGCAACAUCAUCUUGGGAUUUGGAGCAAAGCUUAUCUGCUACGAUGUCUUUCAAAAUGAAGAAGUCAAAAAGGCUGGUGGUGUUUACGUGACAAAGGAUGGAAUUUUUGCCCAGAGCGACAUAUUAUUCUUUAUGAUGCCCCUCUUGCCCGCUACACGACAUACUCUCAACAUGGAUGUCUUGCCCAAACUGAAAAAGGGCAUGAUGCUCAUCAACACGUCCCGUGGUGGUCUGGUCGAUACCACAGUCUUGUUGCAAGGACUCCGCACUGGUGUCAUUUCUGGGGUUGGAAUGGAUGUAUACGAGAAUGAGCAAGAAUACUUCUUCCAAGAUUGGUCUGCCAAGAGCAUUCAAGAUCCAGAUUUAACUGCCCUGUUGGGUGAACCAGGGGUGGUUAUGACAGCCCAUCAGGCCUUCUUCACCAAGGAAGCCGUCAACAAAAUCACGCAGACAACAAUGGAGAACCUGAGAGACUUCAAACUGGGAAAGCGUGAAUUUGAUCAUCCCAACAACUGUAUCCCCAAAGACAAUUAA